GCCCCCGUGCCAUCCAUCCCCUUUCCCAUCGGGGCUCAGUGCAGCAGGGGAUUAUGCUUUAAUCAGAGGCUGUAUGGGAAUUGCUUUAGUAUAGAUUACAGGCACAGGACACAUCCCCAGUAGUGGGUAGCCCCCAGCCCUGCAGGCUCCCAAGCAAUCUUGAGUCUUGGUGGACAAGGGAUUAGCGGGGGCAUGAGGCUGCCGCGCGGGUGGGUGCGCACCCACCACUGCCUCAUCUGCUGCCAGUCCUUUGGCCCUCGAUUGUGUUUUUUCGGCUAAUCCUCUUGUGUCUCCUCUGUGCUAACGUCCUGCACCACCAAUCCCCCUGUAGUUCUGGGUGCCCACGGCAUGGGGCUCUCCCCAGGGCUUGCCCUGGCCCCAUGGGUGCUGCCCCAAGUUGGGACCCAUGUAAUGGGGGGUAUUUCAGCCUGACCCAGUGUGUGCUGCAGUUCAAUGGCUCCUUCCACCUCCCCAUCACUCUGAUGUGGCAGCACCUGCUGUCCCCCCACACUGCCACUGUCCCCUGCAAGCACCCUUGGGUGCAGCAAAGGGAAGGUCUUUCCACCCUGGCUGUGGCUUCCCCUCCUAAUGCCUUAAUCCGCCCCUGAUCCGCGGUGCCCCUGGGGCUGGUCCCACUGACCUUGCAGGCACUGGAACCUGGUGGGCACCCUGGGGCAAGAUCUGUCACCACCACACACCCACCAUGGCCUCCUUCUUCAUGGCUGCCCUGAAGAGCUUCCAGAGGGGCAAGGACGAGUCACCCAAGGGGGCCCCCAAGGAUGACAAGGCAGCUGCAUUGCCCAACGGUGUGGCUCGCGAGGAGUUUGAGGAGUACCAGCGGCAGCUGCUGGAGGAGAAGAUCGAGCGGGAUAAGGUGUUUGCACAGAGGAAGGCAGAACGGGCCACGGUGCGGAUGCACCUGCGGGACAAGUACCACCUGGCCCAGGACGAGCGGGACGACGCCCAGGUGCGCGUGGCCGGAGGUGCGGUGGAGCUGCCACAGGACCUGGCAGCCGUGGUGCACAGCGAGGAGGAGGAGGAGGAGGAGGAUGGCAGCGCCGGGACCUUCGCCUUGCUGGCGAGGGGCACCUCCCGCCGGAGCCGGAGCCGCCGGGAAUCACUGUGGGAUUUCAUGCUGUGUGUGCAUGAAAGGAAGGACGCGCUGAGCCGCCUCCGUCCUCCCCACGCCGCUGCCAUCUGCUCCGGAAAGGCUUCGGGGACGGCCCUGCCGGGCUGGGACGGGGCAGCCGGAUCCGGGGGGCUGGGAGCUGUGUCACAGUGCUCAGCGCUGUCACCAGAGCCAUCGCACUCAGCCGCCGCUGAGGAGCUGGAGCACACGGAGCAAGGAGGUCCCUGGAUGCACGAGGUGCCCAAUUUCCCCUGGAACACCUCUGGGUACCAGGUCCAGGGGCUGGUGGCUGCUGGAACAUCCCAGAGAGUGUGA